AUGCCCUCUCUCGUCUCCCUCGCCGGAAAAGGCCUAAUCGGCCUCCUCUCGACAGUCGCCGCAUCCCUCACAGCCCUCGCCAAAUCCGUCGCGAACUUCCCCAAGACCCUACGAUGGCACCACUGGGGCAUGCUCCUCCUCCCCUUCGCCUUCUUCCUCCUCGCGCUGCAAUACGCCAAAGAAGUUAGCUACAACGACCCGACCUCCCCCUACUUCUCGCCCGCGCGGGGCUAUGCGAAAAUUUACAGCUCGGUGCGCCAGCGCGAGGCCACCGAGUUCAUCCAGAAGCACAACUCGACGGAUGCCGCGCCGUUUCGCCGGAAAUCGACGCACGUGCCGCCCUUCAUCUGCGUCGGCAUGAAUACCAUCGUGAGGCCGUCGGGCGACAUUUAUGCGAGGUAUGCCCUCGGCAGUAUGUUGGCUGGGUUGACGCAGAAGGAGAGGAAUCAGCUGUACAUCGCCCCCAUGAUCGGUCACGUUAACGCCACGACGCAUCCCAUCUAUACUGAGCCCUGGCUCGAGAAGGUGUCCGAUAAGGUGAUGACCUACCAGACCAUGGACGUCGUGUCUGAGGAGAGGCUGAAGCAUAUCGAGGAACUCGAGUUGACGAGGCAAAGGACUGGCGAGCCGGAUCGAGAGAAGCACUUGGGCGAUUAUACUUUGUUGCUGAAGCAGUGCGAUGCCACUGGCGCGCCGUACGUUCUGAUGCUGGAGGACGACAUUCUUUUCCUCGACGGCUGGUUCCAUCGCCUUCGACAGGGCAUCAUGGACGUCGAGGAGCAAUCUAAACGCGACGAAGGUGGAUGGUAUAACCUCCGCCUCUUCUAUCUCGAGUACGGCUUCUACUGGCACCUCUCCGAAGUAAUAACGACAGGCGUCGCAAUCGUAGCCUUCUGCGGCGUCUCAAUGGGUCUCAUCUGGCUCUCCAUCCGCGGCACCCGCUGGUACCGCCGCACAACCCGCCAAACCCGCCGCGUCCUCUUCCUCACAGGCGUCCUUAGCGCAAUCGCCUGCAUCGUCCUAUACCUAACCGUCGGUCACCUCACCGUGGCCCACAUGCUCCGCACGCCGUCGGUAGCCAGGCGCGGAGGCUGCUGCUUUCAGGGCAUCCUCUGGCCGCACGAUAAAGUCGAGCCAAUCACCGAGUUCUACACGAAGGAGCGCAUCGGCUUCGUCGACUCCCUCGCCGACAAGUUCAUCAACGGCGGCGGCGCCGAUAAGCCCAUGGGCCACCAGUGGGCGCUAGUCCCCACUGCGGUCCAGCACAUCGGCGGGAAGAGCUCCAAGGGCGACAACUGGGGCAGCGAUAAGCCCGGGAAGAUGUCCGAGGCGCAGAGGUUGUGGAAUUUCAGCUUCGAGUGGAAUAAGGCUGAUAAGUUGGCCGAGGAGCAUAGGCAGGCGGCCGAGGCGUUUGAACAGGAAAAGGUUACGGGCGAUGACUAA